AUGUGGCAGCAAGUGGAGUUGGCAGAGACCCCGAAUUGGGCAGGAGCUAUAGCUCUCCAGCGCUUUUGGACGCACCUGAGGACUGAGCUCCAGUUACGGACCUUGCUUUACUACCGCUUAAACUCCUGUGAAUGUUGGUUCGAUAGACUUCUAGGAAGUGAUAACUAUACCGCAUUAUUGUGGAAUGAUCAGGAAUACCCACACUUCCUGAGGCCCCGACAGGACUUGGAUAUAUUGGGAGUGGCUUGCCUGAAAGCAUCACAGCACAAGGAAGUUCUGAGCGCCUUGAGCCUAAUGCUUGACCAAAUUCGCAGCAUGCCCGUGGUCUUACAGCUCUGUGAAGAAGAAGAUGACCCAAGUCCGGAUCUGGGUCCUGCAGGGUUAAUAUUCCGGCUAAGUGUGGAGCUUCAGCUGUUAAAUGUGUUGCUGCUACCCUGGAACUUUUUUAGGUCGAGAGCAUUUUACGCCUACGAACUAUUUCCAAAAGUUGAAAUUAUAAAACACAUUUAUGAUAAACAUCUCACUUUAUUUCCCUUUAAACUGGGAGACCUCAAAGGACAUGCCAUACAAACAACGCCAGAUAACUCCGAGCCGCAUACCAUAGUGGAAAAAGCCCUGAAUGGGACAUUUAUCAUAUCCGGACCCGUGUGGCAGUUUUUGCAGGAAUUUGUGCGACAUAUAAAUGGCAGCCUGCACCUUUCAAGUGAGCCUGUUAUAGGACAGACUCUGCGAUAUACCCAGGUACUGGACUUGGUGCGCAACGGUACUGUGGAAAUCGCUGCCAGCUUGAGACCCCACGUUCGCUUGCAGAGCGAUAACAUGCAUGUAUUUAGCUAUCCCUUGGUGUUGGGCGAUUGGUGUACGAUGCUGCCCAUGGAAAGGGUCUUGAGCACUAACGAAGCCCUCACGCGACUGAUGCAAUCACCAAUUACGUGGCUUUACCUGGUGCUGCUUUACGCCGUGCACUGCCUUGUGUCCCGAAUAGAGUACCUCUGGCAUCGGCUGUUUCACCUUAAGAAGCUCCUGAUCCACCUGGCGCUGAUCUGCUUUCUGCAAGCCCAACUUUCAUCGUUCUUCAUCGGUCCCCAGCAGGAGAAUCACAUUACCGACAUGAAACAGCUUGAAAAGUCUGGCCUGCGCAUCAUGGGUCUCCGCCGGGAGUUUUAUGACUAUCCCAUAGAUAUGCGGAGCAGGUACGCAUCCUCGUUCCUGCUGCAGGAUGUAUUCAUUGACAUGGCCAAGCACAGGAAUAAAUUCAACAGCACCUAUGGGUACACAGUGACUUCUGUCAAGUGGCAAUUGUACAGUGAGGCCCAGAAGCACUUCCGGCGACCUCUGUUCCGAUACUCCCAGGACAUUUGCGUGCAGAAGCUGUCCCUCUUUUCGCUAAUUUUAAAGAAUAAUUGCCUGUACCGCUACCAGAUGAAGGCAUUUAUACUGCGCUUACACGAGGCAGGGCUUGUACACUACUGGUACGUCCGCUCCUUCUACGUUAUGGUCAAGGCUGGUCGUCUUCACUUCGAGGACCUGAGCACUUCCCGGCAGGUCCAACCGAUACGGUGGUCGGAAUGGCAGUACAUGCUGGCUCUGUAUGGAGCGGGACUCAUGGUUUCGUUUGUGGUCAUCGUUAUUGAGCUCACCAUUCACUAUGUCAAUGUUUGGCUACACAACCUGUGA